AUGUCAGCUGAAACAAGCCGUGUCAUAGUUGCAACAUUACUUUUUGAUCUUUUUAUUGUAAAUGGUAAGUUAUGAGAUAACAUUUAUUUUGAUUUUUUUAGGUUGUUCAUAUAAUUUUGUGCUCCUUAAUUUUAAAAAUUAGGUUUGUGAGAAAGCACAGGAUUAUUUGAACAACCUAAUAUUAUUUUUUUAAAAUUUAAGUUGCUUUUUUUUAGUCUGUUUAAAUAAUUCUAGGCUUUUUUCAAUGCAAAUGUUUGGAGUUAGGAGCACAGAAUUAUUUGAACAACUUAAUAUGAGCUUUUUAAUGUUUAGGCUGACAAUAUAUAAUAGUAAAAACUUCAAGAGAGUCAUUUUCAGUUCAUUGCCAAAUAAAUGGAGUGUCGAGUUGUGUGGAUUCUGAUGCCAAGUGUCCGUUAUGGGCUUCACAAGGUGAAUGUCAGACUAAUGCUGUGUGGUAGGCAUUUCUUAUUUCUUUUAUUGUAUAGGGUGGGUAGUAUGAAACCACAGUUUUUAAGUUUUUAAAAAAGAUCUGGAGGCGAGAGAAUGGGGAGUACUGACUAAUCUGGGUGUAGUGGACUAGCUUUUUCAAACUACUUUAUAUUUUUCAAAAAUUUUAUUUACAAGGAAAGUGCCCGACCUGCCCCGCUCUAAUUGACUUUAAAAUUUUUAUAUAGAAAGAUCAUAUAAAUAUAAGAUGUUCAGCAAAGUACUAAAUCGCGUUUUCAAGGAAAUCUCGAGAAAAUCAAGAUUAAAAAAUGACAUUUUGAAUUUCCCGCCAAGUUGGCAUUGUGUUUCAAGCUUGUAACUUUGUCAUUUUUUGACUUUUAAUAGUUUUUCUUCGAUAUACUGGUAGAUAACCUUUAUAUGAACCAACAUUUUUAAAUUUGUAAGCGUAUCUUAUCUGGAAAGCCAAAAAAGUGCUUGAAACACAAUGCCAAAUUUGCUAAAUUGGCGGGAAACCCAAAUAAUUUAAAUUUAAAACUCAAAAGCGCGAGCUAAAAUUUUUUAUGGGUACUAUUGGUGGUACGAAGAAUUCGUAUAAAAAUUUUGAGCUGAUUCUGAGCGGGGCAGGUAGGGUACUUUCCUUGUUAAUUUAGAUAUCAAUGGUUGUGUGGUUUUGUAAAAGAAAUUAAAGUUAGAUUAGUUUACGACUUUCAGGAUGAUGUCAAACUGUCGUCGAUCGUGUCAAAGCUGUCAAGGUGGUGAUCAAGCAUGGAAGUUGAGAUCUCAAUUAACACAAAAUUAUGACAAUUCUACUACGAAUGCGACUCGUCUUGUCACGGUGGAAAGUGUCCGGCUAAAUCAUGUUGAAAUUGUAAGUUACUUAUAUAAUAAUGUUUUUAUCAAUUGAUUGUCUAUUUAGGUCAUUUGUAAUACUGGUUCACAUAAAACAAAGAGGUUAUGAAUAGUUUAUAUUCUAUAUUUGUAGGACGAAGCACGUCAAUUAGUACGAGUGUUUGGCCGAAUGGUAAUGUCCUGGAAUGAUACGAAGAUAACUUGGGACAAAGACCAGUGGGGCAUCUCUUGGCUCAACUUCUACUGGAUUCAGAUCUGGACCCCUCAAAUUGUUCAGAUCAAUGCGUAGGUGACUUAUUAUUACUAUUUUAUGUUUAUGUUUAUAUAUUGUUAUCAUUUAAAGGUAAUCACAAACACUUAAUUCUACUACCUUCACAUAUUGAAACUAUAAUUUUAAUCAUACUUUAUAGUGUAAUAUUCAUUCCAGUCCCUCCACCACUCCCGGCACAGUCCAAGGCAAGGUUUUAGCGGCCAAUUACACAGGCCAAGUCUAUAUGUGGUCUGACUUCAGCUUCACAGCACCUUAUCAUUUCGAGUACAACGACUUCCCCAACGAUUAUCAGAAGAUUUGCUACAAGUUUGAUGAUAAGAGAUACUUUACAGUAAGAUUCAAGGUAUCGUCCCAAGUUCAGGACAGAAGUCGUGAAGCCAUCACGGAGACUCACGUUACUGGGUGGAACGUUGUCGACAUGACUCUUACUGUAAGUGUUUUUUUAUUGGCAUAGUUGAUGUUUAGCUAUUGUAAUGCCAUCUUAAAUCUAAUUUUUAAAAAAGUUUUGGUGGAACUUUGAGUACAGUAUUCCUACCGUAAUCUCAAAUUUAAAAAAAAUUUUGAUUUCAGGACUCCCAGUACGUAGUCCAAGUGCUCGGAGAUUGGAAGAAGAACCCCUUCGACGUGCAGACUAACAACUGUGAACUUUGUGUUACCUUGAAGCGUAACGCUGUAUAUUACCUGGCCGAGAUGUUGCUGCCAGCUCUGGUCAACACCAUGAUUACUAUAAGUUCUGUCUUCUUCCAAUUAUCAAAGGUUCAACCAACUUUAUUGGCAUUCUCAAUCGGCACACAACUGAUCUCACUGACCCUAAUCAACAGCAGGUUACCUACCUUCAGCAGCUCUACUCCUACUAUCUGUAGGUUUAUAUUGUGGUUUUGGUGGUUAAGACUUGGCCUAAAACAAUUUAUUAGCGGAUUUUGAACUAUUUUUUGCUUAAAAUGUUCAAAAACAACAAAAUUAUAGGCUUGAAGCACAAUGCCAAAAAUGGCGGGAAUUCAAAAUUUGAAUUAUUUUCAAAAAAAAAUUUUCAAAAAAAAAGAAGAGAAAACGUUUUAAAAUGUUGCUACUACAGUAACCACUUAUCUUUAAAAAUCUCGUUUCAGUAUCCUACGCUUCCUUCAACUUGGUAAUAACUUCAAUUCUCUUUAUCGUAUCUUUGGCGUUACGUCGUCUAUCUCAAUCGACCACCAACAUUCCUCCUCCCAACAUCUUCAAUCGUAUCGUUGAUCUGGUUGAAACCAUUUUACCCAUGCCUCAGCCUACCAAGGAUGCUGGAGACUCUCAGGUCGGACAUUACAGUAGGAUAGCGUAUGUCUUCAACAAUCUGAUCUACGGCUUCGUGACAUGUCUGUACAUUGUAGUCAUAGUGUUCUCAUUCGUGUUUUAA